UUCAACAUUUGGUUUUCCGCUCGAAAAGGCGGAGAUUUCCCUCCCGAUCUAGCCUAAGUCCUCGGCUUUUGUUUGGCUCCAAAGAAAAUUAAUUAAGGAAGCGAAGACGAAAGAGAAAAAUACUAGCAAUGGAAAGUGAACGAAACGGCGCGAAGAAAUUGAGCAGCAAAUCGAAGGUAGGAAGUUACAUCGUACCACUCACAGGAGCUGCCGCUCUUCUUACUCUCGCUGCCAGCUUUGCUAUCACCGCCAUUAAUCACCGAAGAAACUCCAAGAGAAAAGAUCUUCCGGGGUGUGAUUUUCGAGUUAACUUGUCGGCGAGUGAGAUUCUGAAGUUAGCUGACCGAAUAAUUGCAAAAUCAAAGGAAGUUCAUGAUGCUGUUGCAUCUGUACCGCUCGACAAGGUUACGUAUAAGAAUGUUAUAUCACCAUUGGCAGAACUGGAGGCUCAGCAGUUUCCAUUGAUGCAAUCAUGUGUGGUGCCAAAGUUUGUUUCAACUUCAGAUAAAGUUCGUAAAGCAAGCAUUGAAGCUGAAAAGAAAAUAGAUGCUCAUGUAUCUUCCUGCAGUAAGCGGGAAGAUGUAUACCGUGUCCUUAAAGUUUUUUCUGCAAAAGGGGAAUGGAUGGGCCCCGAAGCUAGACACUAUGUUCAGUGCUUGAUAAGAGACUUUGAACAGAAUGGAUUGGAUCUUACAUCAACAAAAAGAGAAGAAGUGCAACGCCUGAGAGCUCAAAUUGAUGAGCUAAGUUUUCAAUAUGUUCAGAAUUUGAAUUAUGAUGCCACUUAUCUUUUAUUCAGUGAGAAUGAGCUAGCUGGACUACCGACAGAGUUCCUCAAGACAUUAGAAGAAGUGGAAAAUGGAAUGUUCAAAGUGACACUGAAAAGUAAUCAUGUUGCAGCAGUUCUCGAGUUAUGCAUGAUAGGAAAGACAAGAAGGUUAGUAGCUAUGACCUAUGGAAAGAGAUGUGCAAAAGUCAACCUCUCUGUCUUGGAAGAAUUGGUUCAAGCACGUCAUAAAUUUGCUCGUUUGCUUGGCUAUUCAAACUAUGCAGACUAUGCUGUGAGUUUUAGAAUGGCUAAGACUUCCUCAAAGGUAUUGCAAUUCUUAGAAGGUAUUUCCUCCAGUUUAUCAGACUUAGCCCAGAAGGAGCUGGCAGUGUUGAAAGAGUUAAAGAAGCAAGAGGAAGGAGAGAUUCCAUUUGGAGUUGAAGAUCUGUUGUACUAUGUAAAGAAGGUUGAACAGCAGGAAUUUGAUUUGGACUUUGGGGCUCUCAAACAAUACUUUCCUGUUAAUUUGGUUUUAUCUGGAAUUUUCAAAAUAUUCCAAGAUCUUUUUGGUUUAAGAUUCGAAGAAAUUGCCAAUGCUGAUGUCUGGCACAGUGAUGUUAAAGUUUUUUCUGCUUUUGAUUUGAGUUCUGGUGAACUUUUGGGUUAUUUCUACCUUGACAUGUAUACAAGGGAAGGGAAAUAUGGUCAAACUUGCAUGGUUGCUCUUCAAAAUGGUUCUGUAGCAUUCAAUGGUGCACGGCAGAUUCCAGUGGCAUUGCUGAUUUCUCAACUUCAGAAGGACACUGGCAGAGUUCCAAGUUUGUUGAGAUUCUCUGAAGUGGUCAGUUUUUUCCAUGAGUUUGGCCAUGUGGUCCAACAUAUGUGCAAUCAUGCAUCAUUUUCAAGAUUGUCUGGGGUCCGUGUUGAUCCCGACUUUGUGGAGAUCCCCGCUCAUGUGCAAGAGAAUUGGUGUUACGAGAGCUUAUCACUGAAGUUGAUAUCUGGUUUCUAUCAGGAUAUUACAAAGCCCAUCAAGGAGGAAAUAUGUAAAUCACUUAAACGAUGGCGAUAUUCCUUUUCAGCACUUAAAUUGAAGCAAGAAGUUCUUUACUGUCUUUUUGAUCAAAUUAUACAUUCCGCUGAUGACGUUGACAUUGUCGAGUUAUUCAAGCAUCUUCAUCCAAAGGUAAUGUUGGGAUUGCCUGUGUUAGAAGGAACUAAUCCAGCUUCAUGCUUCCCCCGGUGUGCUAUCGGUUAUGAAGCUGCUUGUUACAGUCGUAUUUGGAGUGAGGUGUUUGCAGCAGAUAUAUUUACAUCGAUGUUCCGUGACGAUCUUUUGAACCAGAAUGUUGGUAUGCAGUUUCGAACUAAGGUAUUGGCAUCAGGAGGAGCUAAGGAUCCGGUUGAAAUUCUGUCCGACUUUCUCGGAAGAGAACCUUCAAUUCGGACAUUUAUUGACAACGUAAUUGGAUGCAGUUUGUGACAAUGGAAGUUUUGGUAAUUUAUCUUGGAGUUCACUUUUCAUCUUUCAU